AUGCAUGAUAAUAAUUUUUUAGAAGAUUUGUAUGACAUAAAUUUUGAGGAUUUUUUAAAUGAUUUUAUCUUAUUUAAAAAUGAGAAAAUUACACCAGAAAAUAAUAAUGGAUUAAAUAGUGAUAAAGUAAAUUUUAUUGAACAAAAAGAAUUAUAUGAAAAAAAAAAUUUAAUAUAUUCUUUGGCAAAUGAUAUUUUAAAUAAUAAACAGAAUAAUCGUCUUUUUAGAAGAAUAUACUGGCCUCUUUUAUUAGGUAUUUAUAAAUGCAAUAAUUUAGAAGAACUAAUAAUACAUAUACAAAAUAAAAGGAAUUCAUAUAAACAAGAUAAAGAAGAGUAUAUAAUUAAACAAACCAAUUUAAAUAUUCAACAGUUAGAUCCUCAAAUUUUCCACCCUUUAUCAUCUGACGAUAAAAACCCAUGGACAUUGAAGCAAAAAAAUCAAGAAUUAAAUGAAGAAAUAAGACAAGAUAUUUUAAGAACUUAUUCUGAAAAAAAAAUAUUUCAAAAUGAAGAAAUAAGAAAUACAUUAAAUAAAAUAUUAUUUGUGUGGGCUAAAAAAAAUCCAUCGAUAUCCUAUAAGCAAGGUAUGAAUGAAAUCGUAGCUAUUUUUUUUAUAAUUAAUUAUCGUGAGCAAGUUUAUAACGAUUCAUUAAAUUGUGAAAAUAGAAAACAUUAUAAAGAAUUUUGCUCAUUAUUUGACAAAAAGGAAAUAGAGUCAGACACUUACAUAAUAUUUGAUCAUUUUAUGCAUAUGGGAUUAAAAUAUUUAUUUACAUCAGUUGAUGAAAAAAAAAUGCAAUCCAAAAAUUCUUUUAAAACUGUUUUAUUACAAAAAUGUACACAUAUUUUUCAUAAAUUAUUAAAAAACUCAGAUAAGUUACUAUAUAAUCAUUUAAUAUCAUUAAGUAUUGAACCUCAAAUUUUUUUACUUAGAUGGAUUCGUCUCUUUUAUUGUAGAGAAUUUCAAAUUGAUGAUACAAUUAUUUUAUGGGAUAACUUUUUUUCAGAUUGUUACUUGAAAAACUCUGAAAAUGAUUUUUAUUUUGAUUUCAAAGGAGAUAAUAUAGAAAUCGCUCAUCAGACAUCUAGUGUUUUUCCUUUAGUUGAUUAUUUUGCUAUUUCUAUGAUUUUAUUUAUAAGAUCCUUUUUAUUAGAAAAUGAUGAAAAUUUUUGUUUAAAAAGACUAUUUAAAUAUCCACCUGUUGAAAAUAUAAGGAUAUUAAUAGACUUGACAUUUAAAAUUAAAUCAAGAAAUGAAAAAAAAGAAAAAAAUUUAAAAAAAGAUGAUAUUUCAAUUGUAAAUAAAAUUAACACUGUAAAAAUUAUAGAAAAUAAUAAUUUUAACAUAAAUAUGAACUCUAAUACAACUAAUAGUUUAAAUAUAUAUCAAAAUAAUAACAAUGUAAAAAUAAAUCUUAAUAAUAAUAUAGCUAAUGAAUAUAUGGAAAGAAAUAAAUAUAAACACAAUUUAAAUAUUCUCACUUUGAAUAAGGAAGUUAAAAAUUGUGGUAUAUCUAAAACCUUAGCUCAUAUGAAUAAUAAAUUAAAUAAAGUUAUAGGUAAUUUAAAUAUUUUAUCUUUAAAUUUAAUAAAUGAGAACCAUUGCACUCAACUUCAACAAAAUAUAUUUCAUUUGAAUGAAAUAUAUAAUGAAUUAAAAAGUAUAGAAAAUAAAUUUGAAAAAAAUGAAUCUGAAAAUUUAGAAAUUCAGAAAAAAAAUGAAAUGCCAAUAUAUUUGGGAUAG